AUGGCUACAUCUCUGCUUCGCGGCCAGAGCUCCUCUUUGCUUGCACCUCGCGUCUGGCAAUGGCCUUCGUCUAGAUUGUUCUCAUCAUUGCCCAAACCCCGAGGUUUCUCAGAUGUGCUACGGUUUGCUACCAUUCAACCAGCAGACGGUCAAUUGACACCUGCAGAUUUCCGGUUUAAAGCUGCGUUGGUGACCAACACUGCGUCUAAAUGCAGCCACGCGAGUCAAUUAAAACAAUUGCAAACGUUGCACGAAAAGUACAGUGAACGAGGGCUCGUAGUAGUUGCUGUGCCGUCCAAUGACUUUGCAGGUCAAGAACCGGGAAAUUCCGACGCCAUUUUGAAACGAUACGCGGAAUUUAAAGUCACGUUCAGUAUUGCACACAAGACGUCGGUGACGGGAGAGGAGGCCCAUCCCUUUUUCAAAAAGAUUGCAGACAAGUACAGCACAUCGGUGGCUCCGACGUGGAAUUUUGACAAGUUCCUGGUGGAUCACCGUGGAGAAAUGCGAGCAGUUUUUCCGAACGAUACCGAGCCAUUGAUGGACGAAGUUGUGACGGAAAUCGAAGAAGUAUUGAAAGAGCUGCCAAGGGCAUUGGAACCGGGCCAGGAGCUGGAAGAGGACGAACAAGAGGAGUGUGACUAUGAGGAGGAGGACGAAGACAGCGAUGACGAAGAAAGCGAGGAGAGAGGUGGUGUUGAAACCAAAAGCCAAUAA